CUGCAACGUGUUUCUUGUAUUUUUCAACACAUUUUUCAUGAUUUUUAACGGUUUCCCUGGGUUCAGUUCGUGAGGGAGGGAGUUCAGAGUCAAGUAUUGAGGCGGAAAUGAGGAAAAUAUUCGCGGGGUGAUGGUGUUGGGAUUAUCUGCGGAGUGGAAGAGUUCAGGAGACUUUAGGAAAGGAUAUUUUUACUGAAGACAGACAUUUUGUGGACUGUUGGAUACUCUUGAAUGACUGAGCUGCAGACAAUUCAAGAUGACAGUACCUGAGUGCACGUUGGACAUUUCCAAUGUCUCCCAUUCGACGUCGGUUAUCAUGGAGGGAGGUGGGUGUGUGGGCAAGCCCACUGCUGUCCUGAGGGACGUUUCCGCGAGGGUUCAUGGGGGCGAGGUCCUGGCUGUGCUCGGGUCUAAGGGGUCUGGGAAGCGGGCUCUUCUGGACGUUAUUGCUGGAAGAGCAGUGGGUGAGACUCGAGGGCGCAUCACCCUCGCAGGAUCCACCCUGAACGCUGACUUAUUCCGUCGUCAUGGGGGAUACGUGGCUCACCGUUGCUACCUCCUCCCCAGCCUGACAGUUCGUCAGACCCUCACAUACGCCACAUGGCUGGCAAACCUGAGCAGCCGAGAGUUGCGAGUGAGGCAGACCCUAGCAGAUCUGGCUCUGUCCCAGGUAGCAAACAGAUCAGUGAACGAUCUGACCAGAGCUGAGUAUCGAAGAUUGAUGUUGGGAGUUCAGCUGGCGAAGGAUCCGAUGAUUCUUCUGCUGGACGAACCCACCUGGGACACAGAUCCGCUGAACACUUAUCUGAUUGUCUCGAUGCUGUGGUCUUACGCCACCAAGAGAGGUUCCAUAGUUGUUCUGACCAUGGAAACACCGAGAUCAGAUGUUCUGCCAUUUGUCAGUCGAGUUACAUUGCUUUGUCUCGGUGCUGUUGUUUACUCUGGACCCACACGCAGCAUGCUGGACUACUUCACUUAUAUUGGGUUUCCCUGUCCAGAACUGGAGAACCCUCUGAUGUAUUAUCUUUGUUUAUCGACCGUUGAUCGACGCUCCCGUGACCGAUUUAUGGAGUCAAACCAACAGAUAUCCGUCUUGGUCGACAAAUUCAAGAUCGAGGGAGGAUUAUACCUGCGAGAGGGUCCUCAGGCAGCGGCAAGUGUCAAGGAAACACCUGUUGGCUAUUUACACAAGCCUUGUGGCCUUGGCCAUGGAAUUAGACCCGGAUGUUUCUCCACCCUCCUAGCUCUAUUCUUACGAGGAAUGGCAGCGACUUUCUCCUUCAACAAAUGUGGUCUAGGACACUUCGCAACGAGGCUCCUCCUUUUACCCUUUUGCCUCGCGUUAUUAAGCGUUUUAUACUCACACUCAAGUCCAAUGCAAUCACGAGUAUUUAUGCAAACUACUGGAUUGGUCUUCAAUACUUUGACACUGUUUUAUAUGGCUGGAAUCGGUACUACUGCACUUUUAUUUCCUGGAUUUCGUGCCCGCUACUACCAAGAGAACCGCGAGGGUCUCUAUGGAGGAGCCAUGUUCCUCUCCUCCUACACCCUCCUGAGUCUCCCCCUGAGCUUCAUAUCGACGCUGAUAACAGUAGGAAUAUUAACGCCAAUCCUCGAGUUGGACCUCGUCUCCUGGGGCUACGCAUCAGGCGCUCUCUGGGCGAGUUUCGUAGCCGCUGAGCAGCUGACCGUCGCCUUCUUCAUGAUCAUAAAACGACCCAUGACCGGCGCCAUAACAGUCCUCUACGUAGCGCUGAUUGCGCUGAUAAUUGGCUCUGGUGGCAUUAGAAGCUUGAGGAGCCUUCCUGACUGGAUUGCAGCUCUCUCCACAGCCUUGCCCACGAGAUAUGCCUCUCUGGCCGUUAAUCAGUUGACCAUUGAGAUCCCUGCGUUAUCCGGACUGAGGUACAAUGAGACUCUUCCCUGUCCGGGAAUCCCUGGGUGGUGCAGGUAUCCCGAUGGACGGACAUUUCUGGUAGAGAGGUUCACUCGGGAGGGCGAGAACACUCAUCAAGUAUUAAAUGUGGAUCUUAAUUUAUUGAUUUCUCUUGCCUUUGCUCUUGGUUUCGUUAUUUUCAAUAGCAUUCUUUAUUUAUUGCCUUUGCCUGCGAGAGUUAAAGCCAAAUUUCGGGAGUAGAGUGAAGGAAUUGUUUAGCUUAUACUUUUUUUUCGAAAAUGGAAGGUUUUGUGGCAGAGAAAUAUUCAAAUUUAAG